AUGCCUCAACCACAGAAAGGAAAGUCAAGACCACGUGGGUCGGACGAGGAAUUCGUUUUAUUCCUCCAAGGUAUUCCAGCCCAUUGUCGCUGGCAAGAACUGAAGGAUCUAGUUCGCCAAACGGCCUUGCACAUCCGACAAGCGGUAGUAUACGAUGAUCACCACGGGUUUCCCACCGGACUGGGCCAGAUCAUCGUGAAAAACGAAGAUGAAGCAUGGCGGACUUACCAUAGACUAUCGACCAACGGCUGGGAAGGACAGAGCUUAGUCGUUACGCUGGCUCGGACUAGCUCACCCACUCGACCCAUUGCAGGGCCAACAAAGAGUCCACACUGCGGAAUCCCGUCGGACUACGUUGCAGGGUAUUCGACGCCCCCAAGAGUCUCGCAGAACAUGGCCGUGCCUCCAUCUCCCAUAUCUCCGGAGCCCAUGAUAGCCGGGACUAGCCCAACAUACCCACCUCCGGAGUACGGACAUGCCCCGGUCAUGUCCUUCAUGCCCAUCUACCACGAUCCGCUAUCGCAACACAUGCCGGGGAUCCCUCCCUCGCCCUCCUUCUGCGAUCCUCUCGCCUUCACCGUCUACCCACCAUAUCCCGUCUCCCCCAUGCCCGCCUUCCAGGACCUCUCCCACCACCAAACACCCCAUAAACCCCCCUACAGCUACACGUACAGCUACACGCCCACCCCAAUCCCCUUCUACGCU